AUGAUGUUUUUGUGUGUUCUGAUAUUCGCAACUACCUAUGCUCAACCAGGUACUAUUGAUGUCAAACAAUGUCCUGAUAUACAUUACACUCCUUCGAUUCUAAUAAAUAAAUUGGAAUAUGAUCAAUACCCAUAUUUAGAUGACACAACUUACAUGUUUAAGAUAAAUGUCACCAUUCCAACCGAAAAAGCAACAAUGACUUGGUUUUUGGAGUAUUAUUGGGGAACACUUUAUAUAGCCUCUUAUGGAUAUGAAGAUGUUGAUUUAUGCGGUAAAGUUCCUAUGGGAUGCCCAUUGACUAUUGGUGAGUAUGGAUUUUCAGCAGAAGCUAAAGUAAAAGAUGUUGCACUUGCCGGAUGGUAUCUCCUUAAUAUUCAUUUUUCUACUUUAAUCGAGGAAUUUGGAUGCUAUCAAGGAUGGAUUUAUCUAUAUUGA